AUGAAGAAGGCAUAUGAACUAUCGGUGCUUUGUGAUUGUGAAAUAGCGCUGAUCAUAUUCAACUCAACCAAUAAACUGUUCCAGUAUGCGAGUACAGAUAUGGAUAAAGUUCUGCUGAAAUACACUGAAUAUAAUGAGCCACAUGAGAGUCGAACGAAUGCCGACAUAAUGGAAGCACUGCAGAGGAAGGAGAGUAAAUCGGGUGGUGGCGAUUCAGACGAUGAUUCACCGGGUCCAUCCACACCAAAUCUACCGAACGGCACUAACAGCGCUACGAAUGUGCUCGCAUCGACUGGAUCAAGUGCGGACUUCAACGGUGUUUCGAAUAUCGCACAACAAAUGUUCAAUCAUCCGAACGUUUUUUUAACACCACCUCAGAUCGCCACCUACAACAACGCAGCAGCAGCAGCAGUGGCUGUGGCCGCCUCAUCGUCGUCUGCAUCUGCCGCAGUGGCAGCAGCUGCUGUAGCAUCACGUAAUCCUCUCUCAAUGCAACAACAACAACAACAAACGCGUUCACUGAAUGCAGACAGCGCGAAUACCCCUCAUAAAGUAGAUUUCGCUUCAACGAGUGCAUUUGCAAGUGGUGGCUUCUCGGACUGUUCGACGACAAGUCCGCACCAAAGCAAUCAAAGCACAACUGCAGCUGGAUCAACGCAACGGGGAGGUGUCGCAUCCUCACAUGACCAACAACAACAACAACAACAAGCAAUCAGGAACACAGCCGGUGACACAAACUCACAGUUAGAUGCUACAGCAAUUGAGCAGCAGCAACAUCACUCUUCUGUACAACAACUAGUCGUCUCACAAACAUCACUACUUAAUAACACGUCCUCGAAUGAACAACAACAACUGUCGUCACGUUUACACGCCACAACACCUUGGCUCAAUUCUUUGCAGCCAACGAAACCUUAUGUGAAAGCUGAGCCGAAUUCACCGGCGGAGAAACGUGCUCGAAUUGAUGAUUGGCGAGCGCAGUCGAUCACCUAG